UACCAAUAAUGGAAAAUUACGUAUACAGCAGUUUAUUCUUCUCAGAAAUCUAGAAACUUGAUGACGGGGAUUCCGUAGAGAGAAAUAGAGUGAAAGGGGAAGGUGAUGUUAAGAAACUUUGCAGAACUCACGAGUUUUGGACUGAAAUUACAACAAUUUUGGAGGCAAAGCAAGCAAUGGGCAACGCUCAAUCACCAUCCAACAAUGAUCCUCGAUAUGUUUCUGCAGCCAGAGCUUUUACUCAAAAGGAACUUGAAGACUUGAGGUCUCUGUUCAAUCAUCUGGCAGCUCAAUCACAGAAUAACGCCAAAUGCAUCUCUCCCUCAGUUUUUCAGUCAUAUUUUGGACUUCAUGGACCUCUUGGGGAGAGGAUGUUUGAUUUAGUUACUCAAGAGCGCAAGGAUCAAAGGUUAACCUUUGAGGACCUCGUUGUUGCUAAAGCUACUUAUGAGAAAGGGACAAAAGAUGAAAUUGAAGAAUACAUCUUUCGCCUAUUAGACGUAUCUGGAGAUAAUUUUAUAACGAGGUCUGAUUUGAAAAUUGUUAUGAUCGCCAUUUUUAACAAUAUAUUAUGCAUAAAAGAUUCUCAGGAUAGAUCAAGUUCACAUGAAGACAUUGUUAACAUAUUUCUGAAUGCUGCAAAAUUCUCCAUGCAUAAUGAAGGGGGCACCGAGGAGACUAUGUCUUUUGAAGAUUUCAGAAACUGGUGUACUCAUCUCCCAUCUGUGAAGAAGCUUCUUGGAAGCCUACUACUGCCACCUGGUUCAGGACGACCUGGUUCUCAGAUUCCUAAACUAUUAACUUCAACGGCUAUUGAUCCUAACAUUAUACUUUUAAGAAAGGAAUAUGCUUGGCAUAUUCGAGGCGCACUCUCUCAGCAUGACCUGGAAGAUUGGAAUCUUUUGUAUCAUAGUUCUGUUAAUGGUCUUAGUUUUAAUACAUUCUUGGGCAACAUUUCAAAUCAUGCAGGCCCAACUGUGUUAAUUAUUAAGGACAAAGAGGGUUAUAUAUAUGGAGGGUAUGCUUCUCAACCAUGGGAGCGACAUGCUGAUUUUUAUGGAGACAUGAAAUGUUACCUUUUUCAACUAAAUCCAGUGGCUUCUAUAUUCAGGCCGACUGGAGCAAACAAUAAUCUGCAAUGGUGUGCUAUCAACUUCACUUCAGAGGACAUUCCAAAUGGCAUUGGUUUUGGGGGACGAGUCAAUCACUUUGGUUUGUUUGUAUCAGCAAACUUUGAUCAAGGACAUACAUUUUCGUGUACCACGUUUGGUAGCCCUUGCCUCUCCAAGACUAAUCGUAUAUUGCCAGAAGUAAUAGAAUGCUGGGGAGUGACUCAAGUUGCAACACAAGACAAGCAUGAUGCUGUUAAAGGCACUGUUCUGGAGAGGUUCAAGGAAGAUCGCAAUAUGCUUAAAAUGGUCGGGCUUGCAAAUUCCAGCGAGUAGAGUAUUGCAUGAGUGUCAUAUACUGGCCUUUUCAUCAUUGUUCAUCUCAUCAGAAAAACAAAUUUAUGCAGCAAGUCUUUGUUAAAUAACAUAUUGUGAAUCUGUUUUUUUGUUAUUCUUUUUUGUACUUUUAGAAUAGUGAAAUAUAUACAUGUACUUUCUUCA